CGACGAUGCUUGUCUGGGAUGAAACCUUUCGGCAGGACUGCCAUCGGCUUGCUACCUCUAUGCUUCACAAAUGAUACGUGCCUUUUUGCCGUAUGUAUGAAGAGAUCUGCAUUCACUCGUUUGAAGAGAUGUGUGGGUGUGCGUGUGUGAGUUAGCUCGCUUUCGCUGAAGCUCUUCUCCUCCGCGGUUUGAUGCAUUUGACACUGAAUUACGGUUUUUGUCCUAAGACCAUCAUGUACACAAAGAUUGAACUUGUCUUUAGUCUGAACUGGAGGAAAUUAUUACAGUGGAGAAACGUCUGCGAUGGGGCUAAUUAUAGGAAUGGGCUAUUCUUAGAAGUGUUGAGGUCAAGAAUGAUGGACGGCUGCGCCAGUCCAGUUCAAAUUCUUGCCUGCUCGAUAUUGAGGGCAAUGGGACUUUAAUCUAGUCAUUAGAGUUGCUGCUCUGGAAAUCCUGACAGGAGAUGCCAGUCUUCACGAAGCCGUGGUACAAGCGCAGCGGUCAUUCACAGACACAGUGGCCGUCUUGUGAUUACCUUCGGCAUAUCCUGUGUUGGCCCGGGAAUAUAGCAAACUGCGAGCUGUAUCGAGCAAUCGCGAACUUGGAAGGAACGUCGCUCUCUCAUGAACGUAGGCGAGGGAUUGCGGAGCACUGCGGCUUAUGAAUCCUCUCAUGGUAUUCACGCUGGAGUGUAGUGCAGCGACAGAUGUCAGUAUCGAGCUGAUCUAGGCGUAACAUUCGAUUCGAUUCACUCGGUCUGCGUCUGAGGAUUCCAAAUGUCAAUAUACAGGAGAAUAUUAUCAAGUUCUCAUUGCAUUAAUCGAUGGCCAAGGUAGUCCGUCUUCUCAGUACUUCAAGACAACUCACAUAAUCAGAAGUAUUGGCAUUCGGUUGCAUCGCAGCAUAUACAGCACUCACCGGUUAAACCUCUUAGCAUUAUGGUGGGUCCAUGAGAAGGUUUUAGGUGUGGAUUUUGUUGCAGACUUGCUAUAUGAAGGAUGCAGUGCUGCGGUCGGCAUAUCGAAAUUUGAGCCAAUUGCCAGUGAGAUACGAGGUUAUUCGAGUACAUAAGGUAACGUUCAACUUUGUUCAGAUACCAAGCAGACGUUGAUGUAGAAGUCGUAAUGUGGCGAAUCUUUCCAAUUAUCUGGAUAUGUUCAUUCUAGCAGACUUCCCUAAGGUAAGAUUUAUCCUGGCUCUUGAUAUGUAGCUAAAUAUGAGAUUAAAAACCUAGUCUGCUUUGAUAGGGAGAUCGUUUUGCCACCUAUAUCUGUGGAAUCUAAUAUCAUUCCCAACGACGAGUUUUUUUAUCUCUCAGAGAUGGUAAUUCAUUUUCUCUGAAAACGCGAUUGGAACAAACCUUCACAGACAUAUUUUGGGCCAGUAUUGACGGUAUUUGCAGAUUCUUCCUAGUCUUCACUUGCAUAAUUGAGUUUGACGUAACAUUUUUUUAAGAUAACAUAUUAAGAUUAAAUCUGUGGAGACUCCAAGUCUGUCCAACAUUGGUACAGGACAGGACACUAAGUCGAAACGCCGACAACGCCACAUUUUCCUUUUUCCUUACUGAAUUAGUCCCAACAAACCUGUGGUUUCUGUUUACAUUCAAUAACGACGAACCUGUGGGUGAGCUUCUCAUCAUUACUCUUUAAAUUAAACGCCCUUUCUUUUUACCCCCAUGUGGUUAUGCUGAUGCCUUUUGCGUCCACUACUUGCCUGUUCUGCCACAAACUCCAGCCAUGGGAGAAAAAUGUCAUGCACACGAAGAAGUUAUAAGAGGUGAUGUGCUGACCUCUGCAAAGUACUGUAUUCGUCUCUAGAUUGAGAGCUAUUUUCCUGCCUUUGUUACCACCUUCCUUAAUCCCAUCAAGCAAGUGGUUCCCACUCUACAAUUGAUCCAGUUGAAAUUUUUUGAAGUAAAGAGACCCAAUGUAACCUCGUCACUUGAUAGAUGAACGAGAGAAAGCCGCAUGUAACUGAUACGGUACAGUAAAGCUAUUUUGAGAUCUCAAUUCUA